UCCGAUAAAAACGUAAGUUCCAGUUUUUCAGUGCUUCCAGAGUGAACUACUACAAACUCUAGAAAGAAAAUAGAACUCAAUGAAAUCUAUUGUGGUUUUAUUUUUAACCCUAACUGUUUUAUUUGACUAUGCCAGCUUUAUUUCAGUACCUAAUUACAUAAAAACAUGUCGGGUAGAUUCUCCAGAUUUCAAGAAAUGUGCUAUUCAAAGUGGAAAUGAGGCCAUUCCCCAUCUUGUAAAAGGGGACAAAUCAUUAGGUCUUCCAUCAUUCAUGCCAUUCAAGAUAAGUUUCUUAUCGAUAUCGUCCCGCGGAUUUGAAAUGAACUUGACUGACGCCAGUUUUUCUGGGGUAGAGGAUCUGGAUUUGAUAGAUUACACAUUUGAUCCUGUCAAAAAAUUCUGCUCCAUGACUCUGACAGGUCCAUUAUUAACUUUCGAAUUCGAUUAUUCUACGGGUGGAAAAAUUGCAUCUUUGCCGAUAGAAGGAAAUGGACAUGGAUGGGCCAAAUUUUAUAAUGGAAAUUAUUCAUAUUCCUAUAAUUUUGACACAACGACCAGAAAAGGCAAACACUAUAUGAACAUUGGUAAGGACAAAGUUACAAUCGAACCAGAGAAGAUGCAAAGCGAGCUUGGGAACCUUUUCAAUGGAAAUAAGCAAUUGGGAGAUAACUUGAACAAUUUCCUAAAUGAGAACUGGAGAGAUCUGUUGAAAGAGUUCGAUCCUGUCAUAACUGAAGUUUAUGGUUCGAUAGCGAAAGGGAUUUUGAAGAAGAUCUAUGGCAGAAUUCCAUUGGAGGAAUUAUUUCCUGGCGUAGUUUUUUUAUAUUGUUUGUCACUCGCAAUGAUGAAAGCGUUUUUGAUUUGUGUAUUUUUUGUUGGUGUUAGUGUACAUGGAUUGAGUUUGCCAAAAUAUAUCAAAACAUGUUCACUCAACUCCCCAGAUUUCAAGGAAUGUGCUAUUAAACAUGGAAAUGAAGCAAUAUCUCAUCUUGUGGAAGGUGACAGAUCCUAUGGAAUACCAUCGUUCAAGCCGUUUAAAAUACCCCAUCUAAUGAUUUCCUCCAAUGGACUGGAGAUGAAUUUAACAGACGCGUCUUUUUCUGGAGCAGACAAAUUCAAGAUACAAGACUAUAUAUUCGAUCCUGUAAAAAAAUUUAGUUCUACAACCUUGAAAGGUCCGGUAAUAACUUUUGAAUUCGACUUUUCUACUAAAGGACGAAUAGGACCUCUAGCAAUAGAAGGAAACGGACAUGGCUGGGCUAAAUUCUCACGCUAUAUGAAGGCAUGCAGAGCAAAUGAUCCUGAGCUCAAUAAAUGUGCAUUGAGGAAUGGAAACGCAGCAAUUCCUCAUAUUGUUAAAGGUGAUCGGAAAUAUAGAAUACCAAGAAUGACUCCGCUAGAAAUCCCUAGUGUAACCGUCAGCGGAGGAAAAAAUUUGAAUGUCAAGAUGGACAAUCUGAAAAUAUAUGGUCUUGAGAAAGCGAAACUGGUUGAUAUCGAUUUAAAUCUACCGAGAAAAACCAUCAAACUUGUACUGAAGGCAGAAACCAUCACAGUUAUUGGUAACUAUGACAUUGACGCUAAAAUCCUCAUACUUCCAAUCAAAGGAAAGGGUCCAGCCAAUAUAACCCUUUAUAACCCAGUGAUGACUUAUGCCCAAGAAUUUGAACUGGAAGUACGAAGAGGUGACUAUUAUGGGUAUAUAAAAAAUUCUGAACUGCAUUACGACAUUGAUAGAGUGUUCUAUCAUUUUGGAAAUCUAUUUGAUGGUAACGAACAAUUGGGCCUGGAAACCAAUAGACUGUUGAAUGAAAACUGGCCAAUUGUUCACAAUGAUUUAUCAAGACCAGUAGGAGAGACAAUACUCGAAGUGAUAAAUAGUAUUAUAGAAAAUGUGUAUGACUUGAUUCCUUAUAGAAGUAUGAUUUUGUUUGAUUGAC